CGACUYAAUAAUGGCGUUGCACACGCUUUCAACUUGACCCUUCGACAUUUURUCCGAUAAGCACGGAUGUAAAAUUGAAUUCAGACUGACACAAAUGUAAGACAUUCAAUGGAAUACUACCACGAUUAUAUGAUCCAUUCUGUCCUUAUUGAGAAUGGACUUUAAUUGCAGUUUGUAUGAUUGUUUUUUCGUGAUUAUGGAACAUAAACACAAUCGCUUCCUAUCUUGUCUGCACGUGUAACGGGAUUUCCUCCUCUCCCGAUGAACAGUUCUGCCACUUUAAUAUAACGACGUGAGUGUCAACAUCUUGACUCCAUAUGUAUGUAUCAUCAAACCAUUGAAAAUGAUGAGGUUUCUCACCCCACCGCUUUUGAACGAGCUGCGGCGGCGUCUCCCGCUGGUAUCAACUGUCGCAAAUAAACACGGAGGGAGUAAACAGUUACCGAUCACCUGCCUUCUCCCACCCCGCCACUCUGCACCCCCAAGCCGGCCUCUCUAUACUGGGGCUGCACUAAGAAAAGAUGUGCCCCUCCCUCAGUCUAAAGCAGAUCAGACUGAAGAGAAACUGGACCUGGACAUAUGGAAGUCUGUGAUGAGGUUUCAGGUCCCAGCGGUGGAGGAGGAGAAACUAGGAGGUGAGGAGGGAGGUGCUGCUCCUUCAGGAGGAGGUGUAGCAGGGCAGGAGGAGGUCUCACUACUGGAGGCCACCAGAGAGCUGGUAGUGAUGUGGCGUCAGGCUGGGAAACUGGUGCCAGAGACCAUGACUGACGAGGAGCUGGGGAUCCUGGCGGAGCUCCAAACUAAAUCCUCCAAGAAGAAGUACCUGAAAUACCUGGCRAUCAAGGAGGGCCACAAGAAAAGCCACAAGCAGAAGCAGGAGAAGAGYAAGGCAGAGAGGAGUGAGAGGUUUCUGGAGGAUGAUAGGAUCAGGCCUGAUGGUCUGAGAGGAGAGGAGGGGGAACUGAGGAACACCUUCCUGCUCCAGUUCUGGGGUCGUUCCCUGGACAAGCUGCUGGGGUGGAGGUCGGCCCAGGCCAUGGUGUUCGGCCAGCCACUGGUGUUUGAUAUGUCCUACGAACAGCAGAUGACGCGCCGGGAGGUGGAGAACACUGUGUCCCAGCUGAUGGAGGUGGAGGGGUGGAACCGCCGAGCCUCUGAACCGUUCCACCUGCACUUCUGUAACUUGCAGCCGGACGGCGGUUACCGCAGGAGCUGGUUAAACGGUAGGGCCGAGGCCUGGCAGCGCCUCCUCAUCACCUCCACAGAGCAACGUCACUUGGACCUGUUCCCCCGGGACGACCUGGUCUACCUGACGGCUGACUCCCCCAACGUCCUCCGUACCUUCGACAACUCUAGUUACAUCGUAGGCUCCAUGGUGGACCGCUCCAUCCAAUCAGGGCUCUCGCUGGCCAACGCCAAGCGUCUCAAGCUGAAUCAGCCCGUCUGCCGCUGGAUGACUUCCUCCAAUGGAGACGGGGCCAAGAACCUGACUCUGGAUCAGAUGAUACGUAUCUUGCUGACCCUGAAGGAGACGGGGUGGGAGGAGGCGCUGGAGUACGUACCCAAGAGGAAACAUGAUGAUUCUACCAGGAGAAAGCCCAGCAGGACAGAGGCAAAGUAG